GACGUUUCAAACGAAAACAAUCAAAAGAAGUUUGACAGCUAAAAGGAAAAUAUUGUGGUAGAGCUAAAACUUGUAUAGUGAAAUAAAAUAAAAUAAAAUGAAAUAAUUGGAGUUUUCAGUAGAUAUUCUAACAAGGAAAUAUGGAUGAAUUGAAAGCAGUGCAUCAAUGUUUGUUUUGCCAGCAAACAUUUGGCAGUGCCGCUGACAAAGACGAUCACAUUCUGGAGCAUUUUGCUCAAGAAACUUGCUCGGAAUGCGAUGAAAACUUGAUUCGAAUCGGUGGAUAUUUGUAUGUUCGACAUAAUGAAGCGACAUGCAUAAAGAAGGUGUCAACCUCGGAAGAAAAUGUCGAAUCAUGUACGGUCAUCGAAUCAAUUGCAGCAACGAUGGUGUGUGACCCUUUGGAAUAUGAUGAACUUAGCACGGCCACAAAUCCGAUGACAUUGCAUACACGUGAAACGGAAAUGCCAAACAUUAAAACGGAAUCAGUCAAUUGUUAUCAAGAAGACGAAGACAUUUUGAUGGAUAUAAAUGGCUUGGAAUCAACAAUACAGGAGAAUGAGAUUCAGCCUCCAGCAGCAGAUUUGGCGAGCAGAUUUCCGUACAUCAACCUCAAUCCAGUGGUUGUGUUAGAAGACAUUCUCAAAAAAACAACCCCAGAACAUUGCAUAGGAAUCGAGAUCAAAGAGGAAGCUAUCGGUUGGAAUAGUCAUGCGUAUGAACAUCAUGAUGAACAUGAAUCAACUGAGCGGUGUAAAACAGAAACUGACAAACAACUCCAAAGCCAUUUGUCGAUAUGCAAAAAUAAAAAAGAAACGAAGAAGAAAUAUAAGUCGAAAAUAUUCGAAUGCUUCGUGUGUCACAAGAUUUUGAAAAAUAAAUGCAGUGUUAUAAAUCACCUAAAAACCAUCCACCAUGAAAAGGGGAAGCAGUUCAAAUGUGAAACGUGCGGUCUAUCAUAUUUCUUCCGUUGUCAUCUUCAAUUCCAUAUCAAUGUCGUCCACCUGAAAAUUCGUCAAUACGUGUGUGGCAUGUGUGAAAAGUCAUUUAAAACGAAUGGAGAGUUACGGAUCCAUGAAUAUGUUCACACCGGGCAAAAACCUUUCAAGUGCAAAUACGGAUGUGAAAAGUAUUUUGAGGACUACAAAACAAGGCGCGAACAUUAUAGCAAGCACACCGGUAUAGAACCAUAUCGUUGUUCGAUUGAUGGAUGUGAUAGACGUUUUGACUGCAUAACAAAUUUGCGGCAACACAAAGCCGUACAACAUGUCGUAUACACAUCCAAACGUAAAUCAAAACGUCAAUCCAAAAUUCAUUUGGAUUUGUUCGAUGAGAAAGAAAAGCAACAGACAGAACAUCCAGAUGAUAGCAACAGCGGCAAAUCGGCAAAUCCCCACUUUAAACCAAUUUACCCAUGCAGCAAAUGUGAUGAAUUCUUUCAAAGUGAACAAGCAUUGUCGGAGCAUUUAUCUAUUCAUGGGAAUGACAAGAGAACAUUCAAGUGCACUUACGCAGGAUGCGAAAAGCGUUUCAAAAAUAGACAGGGACGAAAAUUACAUCUAAACUCACACACAGAUGAAGUGCAUGUUUGCAAAAUCAACGGAUGUGGAAGGCAUUUUAAAUUUCGAUCUAUUUUGGGACUGCAUCAAACCAGAGACCAUAGUAAACCGUUGUCAAAAAAUCAGGAACGAACUCAUCAAGAAGACCAAGGAUUGGAUCAGGCAGAUGAACAAGGAAGAGAACCGAUUCUGGAACAACUAGAUCAAGUUUCUACAUUCAUUCUCAAACAAAUUGACGCUCCAACAAUAGAAUACAUAUUGCCAAACGAUGAUGAGCCAAUGCGACAGAACACAAUAAGUAUGCAAGAUCUGGCCAUUAAAUUGGAACCCAUCCAGCAACCAGAUGGUGAAAACACCGUCGAGAAUAUUGAGCAAAAUUAUGAAUACAUCAAGGUUGAGGAGCUUACGAUUGAACCCCAACCGUGUGAAGUGCAAAACCAACAAGAGACUGAGCACAGCUGUGAUAAUUGCGGCAAAAAAUUCUUUUCGCGAUCCUCGAAGGAGUGCCACAUGAAGCGGUUUCAUACUGGGUCUGGAUUCUCUUGUCAAAUAUGUAAAAAGAUAUUCUCAAGUCGUGAUAGCCUUCGGUACCACAAUUAUCGUACACACAAGGCAAAAAAGUAUAAAUGUGAAUUGUGUGAAAUUUGGUUUCAUUCGGAAAGUGAGGUUGAAAGACAUACCGAUGCGAUCCAUUUGAAAAUAAGAAAGUUCAAAUGUGAACAAUGUGAAAUGACGUUUAAAUAUAAGAACAACCUUACAGCACAUAGGCGAUCACAUACGAGUGAGAAAUCAUACGCGUGUAAAAAUUGUGCAGAAAUAUUUAACAAAGAAAUGGAGCUGAGGAAACAUAUGCUAGUAAAACAUCUGAUCUGACACAGAAAAAUGACAAUAUACUUUUUUCAUAGAAAAUAACAUUGCGAUUUGAAAAGAUUCACGAUAUUCAAUGGUUAGAUUGAACUGUUGAACAAAAAAUGAAUAAAAAUCCAAAAUUCAUAGCAAA